UUGAAUACUCGCUCUCCUUUUCGUUUUUCCAUUAUGCGGACAGCGGCCUUCCCUCGUACGACCGUCUUCGUAAACGCGCUGGUUUUUAAACCCUAGAAACAGAAUCGAAAAUUGCAGAUACAGCCAGAGAGAGACAAGCACCGUUGUUCUCUGUUUCUCGUUUACGGUGGCCAUGAAGGAAUCAUCUUCUUCUACGGGGCUCAAUCACUCGAAGAGACAACCGGAUAACUUAUUUGUAUGGAGAGAGUUUGGCUGGGGUGCUUUAGCUGGGGCUUUUGGGGAAGGCAUGAUGCACCCGAUUGACACUGUAAAGACAAGGAUUCAGAGCCAGGCUAUAAUCACUGGGAAUCAAGGGCAAAAGAAUAUAUUGCAGAUGAUCCAAGCUGUUUGGGCUUCCGAUGGUAUAAAAGGAUUUUAUCGGGGCGUCGCUCCUGGGGUAACAGGAUCACUUGCAACAGGAGCAACAUACUUUGGUGUUAUUGAAUCGACAAAACGAUGGAUAGAGAUUGUGAAUCCUAACCUUGGUGGCCACUGGGCACACUUUAUUGCUGGAGCCAUUGGUGACACAAUUGGCUCAUUUGUGUACGUUCCCUGUGAAGUAAUAAAGCAACGGAUGCAGGUUCAAGGGACAAAAAAUUCUUGGAGUUCUACAGUGCUAAAAGAAAAUUCCUCCCAAAAAUGUGGGGCACAGAUGUAUGGUUACUAUACAGGAAUGUUUCAGGCGGGCCACUCAAUUUGGAAGCAACAUGGCGUAAAGGGAUUAUAUGCAGGGUACUGGUCCACACUUGCAAGGGAUGUACCUUUUGCUGGUCUGAUGGUAACCUUCUAUGAAGCAUUUAAAAAUUUGGCUGAGCAUGGUAAACAGAGAUUGCCACCUGGCAGAAAUGUGCAUAUUAGCAGUUCUUUUGAAGGGCUUAUGCUAGGAGGAUUGGCUGGUGGUCUAAGUGCGUAUCUUACAACUCCCUUGGAUGUGAUAAAGACAAGACUGCAAGUACAGGGAUCUAGCUUGAGGUACAACGGCUGGCUGGAUGCUUUGAGAAACAUUUGGAAGGCUGAGGGUGUGAACGGUCUCUUCAAAGGCAGCGUCCCAAGAAUAAUGUGGUAUAUUCCAGCCUCUGCUCUCACUUUCAUGGCAGUUGAAUUCCUACGUGAAAAUUUCAAUCAGAAAUCAGUCUCUUGUGUUCAUGAAAUCACUAAUAUUUCGAUCGAACCGAGCUCAAAAAUUCACGAAACAGCUCAGUGACUCUACUAAGGCUUCUUUUGGGACUACUUUUUUACUGCUGCUUAAAACAGUUUUUUAGUAUAAAAAUUUUAAUUUUUGUACUUAAAAACUUCUUUAAAAAGCUGUAAAAAGCUGUUCCAAACGAAGUCUAAGCUUUAGAUUCGAACAACUGCCAAGUUUUCAUCAGGUAUACUUCAUUUUUUUUGUUCUAUUGAAGAUGCCCAGUUUAAUACACAGCUGUUGAAGAACUAAAAAAUUCAGCAUGUAUAGUAGCUGAGUAAGAAAGGAUAUUUGAGCUUUAUGAUUUCUAUUUGUAGAGUCUAAACUGCUUUUUUGUUGUUUUAAAAGAGAUUUCGUUUGUUUUU